CAUUUUCCCCUGAUGUUGUUGUCCGGUCCAAACCGCCUAAUUUCACUGCUGCUUAGGAAAAAUCUUGCUCGUAUUUUAACGACAGACAUCUACUAUUUUCAUCGAAAGGAAGCCAUCUGUAAGCGAUAAAACCACAUCCAGGUGCACAACUCCUACACCUAUACGGAGGUUCUGAGGGUGCGGGGGAGAAAAAGAAUUCACAUUGUGACAUCUGAAACUAAGGUCGAGUGAACCGUGCGGCCCGCAGCUACCCAAUGGAGAAGAAGCCAGCACGCGGACAGAGAGUUGCGUUCGCUGGGGGCACGCGCGACGCCCCAGACGCCAGUGAACACACCGGGUUCAUGCAGAACACACUGGCAGACAUGGAAUGCCACGACUGCGCCAGCUUCGUGCUGUGCCCUUGGCUACGAACGGAGCCAGAACGAAUCGGUAAUAAGCCAGGAAGGUCAGGCUCGGAUCCGGUAGAGCACGAUGCCGUCGCCAUUCACAUGACAGAAGUGUCCCCUGGGCCCGUUACGAAAGAUGCCGACACCAAUCAAAAGAAGCUCGGAAAAAAGGGCCCCGAGGUGGUGCUGUACAAGAGGCGCUGGUUGAUGCUGGCGCUGUUCUCUUUGUUCUCGAUGUCUAACGCCUACAUGUGGAUCCACCUCAACAUCAUCGCCAACGUCAUCCUUCGCUUCUACAACGAGAGUCUGCCAGAGGACAGCCUGAAACAGGAGACGGCCGUCGACUGGUUGUCUUUGGUGUACAUGUUGGUAUAUCUCGUCUUUAUACCAUUUGAGGGAAUGACAGUCUCAUUUGGGGCAGGCAUGUACAUCCUCAACUCUCACGGACUGCGUAUCAACAACCUGCUGGGUUGCGCCAUCAACGCCAUAGGCGCCUGGCUCAAGUGCAGCGCCGUCCACCCGGCCAGCUUCCACCUGCUGAUGUUGGCGCAAACACUGUGUGGGCUCGCGCAGGUUUUCAUUGUCAGCAUCCCUCCUCGACUGGCGGCCGUGUGGUUCGGACACAAUGAAGUAUCCACAGCUACCGGCAUCGGCGUCUUUGGCAAUCAGGUGGGCGUGGCACUGGGCUUCCUGAUUCCUCCCAUCAUCGUGCCCAACUCCGACUCUUUGGAUGAGAUCGCGGAGAACCUGAACGGCAUGUUCUACGGAGGCGCCACCAUCUGCACCAUUAUUCUGCUUCUCAUGAUGUGCUUAUUUCAGAGUAAGCCUCAGCAUGCUCCCAGCAAAGCUCAGUUGCUGCGGAGGAAGACGCCGGUGAGCGCCAACUACUACAAAUCCAUUCUUCGACUCAUGCAAAGUCCCAGCUUCGUGCUUCUCACCAUCUCCUACGGUUUGAUCACGGGUUGUUAUUACGCCUUCUCCACCCUGCUGAACUUCAUAGUCCUGACCUACUUCCCAGGUGAGGAGGUCAUGGCAGGUUACAUCGGCCUCGUCAUUAUAAUCACCGGCAUCUUCGGCGCCGUCCUUGCCGGAUUUUGGCUGGACCACACCAAGUAUUUCAAGGCUACCUCCGUGUCCAUCUACCUGUUGUGUGCCAUGGGGAUGCUGACGCUCACAUUUAUAUUAACCUUGAAGGACAUCGGCAUUGUGUUUGUGACUUCAGGAGUUUUAGGGUUUUUUAUGACUGGAUAUCUCCCUGUCGGCUACGAGUUCGCAGCAGAGAUCACCUACCCAGAACCGGAGGGGAUUUCCUCCGGACUGUUAACAACAAGCGCCAUGGUGUUUGGGAUCGUGAUGACUAUCGGUAUGCGCACCAUGAUGAACCAGAUCAGCGUCCAGGCAGCCAACAUCUUUGUCACAGUCGUUCUAUUCAUCGGCACGAUCAUGACAGCUCUAAUAAAAGCACAGUAUAAAAGACAAGAAGCAGAAAAGAAGCCGCAAAAACGCGUGCUACAGCAAGGGAAAAACCCGAAACAGCGAAACAAAAGUCGGACACAACGAAACAAAAGUCAACCUCGACGAAGUAAAAGUCCGCAACAGCAAACCGAAAAUCUGUAACCGUAAAACAAAAUUUAGGUUCUUGUCAUCGUGGAUGAGAUGGAGGUAGACGUUUGCGAUGAAACUCAAGAACUGCAGAAUCACGAAAGCUGAGCCACGUCUCGUCUCCAUCACAGCUGCCGAUACUUGGGUACGUCACCGACAGAACAGGAUGCUAGGAGAAAGGAAGGAAGAAGCCUUUUGUGUCCACCAGUAAAGUCUUGGAAUAUAAAUCAUCCAAGAUUGACGACUGGCUGUGAAGCUGCAAUCAUCAUAUGCCAGGCGCCACAAACAUUCCCAUCAAAAAGAAAAAGGGGGAGGGAGACUAGUUAUACCUUAUCAAGUCUUGGGUAGGGGGGCUUAUCUAUGGACAGGACUUGAAAGGGGUGAAAAGAGAUGGUCAGGGUAUUAUUAGGAUAAGGUAACCUGUUGUAUUGCACUUAAAAGAUUUCACAAUGCUUCCCAUUCAUAGCUACAGCCCCAUGUUCAGCAGUUGAUAUUUAUUUUUAUCUUCCAUGAUUCGCUGAAGUGAGCUUUGGCUAUUUCUUGUGCCAUCCUCUGUGUGUGUUUGCGUGGAGAGUGGAUGAUUGUGGAUGACAAAUAUGUUCGUGCUCGAAAGAAUGAUUUUAGUAAUAGAAAAAAAGGACAUAUUUAACAAAAAAAUUCUCUUGUCCAUGUUCUUCAUCAUCAUCGACAAAAAUGAAUAUAUCAUCUACAGACCUUCCCAUGGUCUCCUUGCUGCCAAAUUGUUUUCAUUGCCAUAUCGCCGACCUCUUACUUCCAGUGUGACGACGACAACUCUUGCUCUAAAUUUUGAUUAGACGAAGCUAUCAUCAAAACGCUCGUCACACCUAUUAUCUGAUGUGGUGGCUGUUUACCUUAUUUACAAUACUUACUGUGAGGCAGUCAGAUGCGUUUAAUAGAAUCUUUUUUCUCACUAUUUAUUUUUUUCAAGAUUAUUUCGUGCUUUGAAGAAAUGAGUUACUUUAAAAUAUAUUUUUGGAUAUUUGUGCGUUUUUAUUGCGUGUUGGAACAUUAUUUCGUUUAUUUGUUAGAUGUUCAAUAAAAACUACGAUUUCAA